AUGGAGUUGCUGAACAACUUCGACAAAGUGUCGAAUGUAAAAUUGGAUACUCUUCUUCAACAAUUUUUCACUUUCAAAAUAGAAAAGGAUGAAGACGUAAUGAAGUCUCUCGCACGUUUGCGUACGUUAUGGGUCGACUUGCAGCGGGAACAGGAGGCGAGCGGUGAAGGAAAGUUGCCUCAAAAUCAGCUUAUACCGCGCAUAUUAUCGAUUCUUCCGGAUGACGAAUACAGGGAGUUCAAGUCACAGUGGGACUCGAUACCAAAAGACGAAAAGUCAUCCGAGAGACUGAUGGAACAAAUAAAGAUGCGCCUUCAAAGGCAAAGUGUAUGCGUGAAAGAAGACGCUACAACAGCUUUUGUAACAAGCGGUGCAAGGCACGGUGCCAACGGAGAGAAGAAAUGGAGGAAGGGGACAAGGUCCCAGAAGGCGAGAAAAUCUCAACCUUCGACAACUACAGGUAUGAGUAAACUUACUAAGGCCAAUGAUGGUGUGAAAAGCUUUCGUGGCUAUUGUUUUCGGUGCAAUAAGCCAGGGCACAUGGGAAAAUUUUGUCCUGAUUUUCCAGACAAGCCGAAGAUGUCGGGUAAUAAAACCGAAACUUUUCUUACUCAUUAUAUUGCUUUUAUUUGCCAAAAUGACAGUAGCCGAAAUGUGUGGCUCAAAGACGAUGGAGCUACAGCACACAUCACAAAUUCAGCCGAAUAUUUUAGGACGUAUCGCCAUUUUGACAAGCCAGUGGAAAUCGUAGUUGGUAACAAACAGACAAUACCAGCUUAUGGCUGCGGAGAAAUUGACAUGUGCGCAACUGUUGGAACCCUUCAAAAGUCUAUUGAGCUCAGUGAUAUAUUAUAUGCACCAGACAUCAGCAAAAAUUUACUAUCAGCGUCAAAGGCUAUAAAGCGAGGAAUUUCAAACUUCGGAGAUUCGGAUGACAUGAUUUGUCGUUUCUUUCGUAAAGAAAACCCGAAAAAUGUACUUUUAGAAGAUCCAUGUUCAUCUAGUGGACUCUUUGAAUUACGUGCAAAACCGGUCAAGCCAGAAGGAGGUUCUGCUGCUUUAGCUUACCUGGUCGACGAUGAUGUAACAACACCUUUCCCAGAUACAACAAUGAUGACAACGACAAAGUUGCCAAAAAGUUGGUUCGGACGCAAGUCGAAAAUCGACAAGUUUCAAAUUUUCGGAUCAACUGCUUUUGUACAUGUACCGGAUGUAAACAGAAGUAAACUGGACGACAAGGCUCUAAAGGGUUAUUUGGUUGGAUAUUGUGAUUAUGAUGGCUAUCGUGUUUUCAUACCAUCAAAGAAUGACACAAUCAAGAGCGCCAAUGUGGUGUUCAACGAGCAGCAGAUAGGUCCCACUUCCCUGUCUUCAGAAACUACUUCUAGUGCCAGUACAUGA